AUUUUCACAAACAUUUAUAUAUUUCUUGUACAAUAAAAUGUUACUCAUUAAAAAGAAACACAAGAGAUGUUCUAGAAACAAGGGCUUAGCGUAUAGGGGCUAGAAAAGAGAGACAAAACCUUAAAGUUUCCGUUCUAUAAGUUUUAUUUCUUCGUAGGCUACUUUUCUAUGCAUACAACGUAUCUAUAAUAUUUCACGUUGCUGUUGAAGACGGUCAUAUUACUGUUAUUGGUGAUAUAAUCAACGACGAUGCUAUUGAUUUUAAAUUUUAAUUUAUCAUAAAUUUAAUUGUAAUAGUAGCAAAGUAACAACACGGGUUAUUAGUAAAGAUUAGAAUAAGCUAUUUAUAAAUACUUUAGGCAUAAAUUGUGUUGUUAACAAUGGAGUGAAUUUUCUAUAAUCUAGAAAAUUUGUAGUCACGAAGAGAGGACUGAUCAGGUAGGUAUGUAAUCAUAAUGAUACUACCCUCGUAUCGUAGUUGGUGUGGUUAGAGCUAGAUAAAGUUUAACAAUAUGCUUUCUAUGUUGCUCAAAAUGACGCUAUGCGAGAUCAAGUAUUUUUGGUUCAGUACAAAUAAUUGCUUUUGUGAUUUUAUUUUACUUUUAACGUUUUCUUUGUUACGAUCUAUAGAUAGAGAGGCUUUAUAUAUUAAAUUCUUGUUAAUGUUUUAAUUUCUGUAUUCUCCGAUAAUAAUUUUAAUUUACAAUAUAAACUUUUUUAUUUUGUAUCUAUACAUUAAAUUGCAGCUACAGUUAUAUUUCAUUUUCAACUCAAUAACCCACCUUUUGUGAUCUUAUAAACUGAGUGAGCUGGAACGUUAUUUUUUGUAAUAAUUAUGUACCUACUACCGAACUUGCCGAAAUAGUUCCAAAUGCAAUCACUUGAGUCCUAUUAUAAAAUAGUUAGAAACUUCUUUUUUGUUACAUUUUUUAAUUUAUUACUUAGCAUAAAAGUUAUAAAUAGUUUAAGAUUUUUGACUUUGCUACAAUUUGACUAUACGAAAUAAACAUUUCUAAAUUACACUGCCUAGUGUUGUAUAGAGAUUUAGUUUGCACAUAAAGAAAUCUAUCAUGCCUACAAAUGCGUGGAAGUAAAUGUUUGAUAUCGAUUCGUCUUAAAUUGGAAUUUUUGUUUCCCUAGUUUUAUAUAUUUUAUUUUAGAAUUUAUUGCAUGGAUGAAUUUGCUUCUGCGCCAUUUUUACGUUAUCAUAACUUGGUGCUAUAUUUUGCCACGUACUUCGUAUGGCAAGUAAUGGUUGUUUACUGUGUUAGCUUUGGCUACCUUGGCCGUGCGGCAUAUUCAUCCAUGAAGCAGUUCCAUCGCUCAUUGUUUCCUUUUUUAUUCAUGGUGUAAUAAAUUUCGUCAUUUCAAUUUGAACAAAUAAAUAUUAUUAUAUUUUCGUCUUUUGUUUUUUUUUACCUUCCUUUUUUUACUUUUUUAAUUUCUUUAAAGUAGACGCCAAAAUGUACGUACAAUGUAGACAAUUAGUCUGAAUAUAUUGUUAAAUAAAUGGUAUAAACGAUUUAUAAAGCUUCCUUUCACUGAUUUCAGGACGUGGAACACCCGAACUUGACAAUAAAGAUAUAAAAUACGCACAAUCCCCGUCAAGCGAAGGACAUGGAAAAAUACGUGUAAACCCUGUAACACAGAACGCUUCAACAUCUGGGGAGUAUCAUAACGACUCUAUUAAUAAUAAUACUUUACAAACAGGUGGCAACCAAAGACCAGUUGCCAGGAGAAGAUUACGGAGAAGAGCGAACUCCGCCUCCAACGAUCCAGCGGAGCAAUUGACGGAAAUGUCAGUACGAGGCCUGAAUUUAUUCAGAUAUGCUUCCGUGAAUGAGGGAGUGUAUCAGUGCAUUGAAUGCGCUAAAGAAAACAUCCAGAAGACAUUCAAAAACAAAUAUUCAUUCCAGCGGCACGCCUUUCUUUACCACGAGGGUCAACAGAGGAAAGUCUUUCCGUGCCCCGUAUGCUGCAAGGAGUUCUCGAGGCCCGAUAAAAUGAAAAACCAUAUGAAAACAACACAUGACUGUUACGUGCCAAAAGAUUGUGUUUAUCCAACUAACGCAUUUUUCAUGAUACCAGGAAUGGAAGGCCAACUGCCGCCAGGGCUAAAGCUAGAAGCCAUCGGUUCUGGUUCGCCUCGUGGCUCUACUCCUUCGCAUUCUUCUCCUGAUCCUACUCAAGUUUGAAAAAAUGUCACACAUGCCCCAUCUUUCCACGUUCAACUUUUAGGACCGAUUACAAGUGCCUUGAUUAGAUGUUUUAAAUAAUAUUUUUCUUCAGAUAAGUUUUCUAUAUAGUUAUAAGAGGAUCCUGAGUUUGAUAGACAUAAUAUUUGUACUAUUUUUGGAGUAAAAUUUUGACGUACACUUUUAUUGUACGAGACGUAUAUUUCCAAUGAUACUGUUAUGCAUUUAAAAUCUAAUGUUUGUUACAAAGAGUUCUUAAUGUUAAAUUUGUUUAAAGAGUAUGGUUGUGCAAAUAUUAGACAAUAAAUAUACAUACAAUAAAAUAAAGGAGGCCAGUUACGCGGUUAUUACGGCGUUAUGUGUUGUUGUAUUGGCGAAACUAUUGAGCUUUUAUACGUGUUGUGCAAGUCUGAAAAGUGCCCUGAAUUUAUACAGUUUUAUGAACCCCACUUACAGGGAAUUGCUGUGUGGAGUUUAUUUAGAAUCUGUAUGUGUUUUACAAUUACAUUUGAGCAAUUAAAAUAACAAUAUAAACAAUAAUAAUGCCUCACAAAACGGCAAACGGUUUCGGUAUAUUAAAAUUUAUUAUCAUGAUUAAAAUUGUUAUAAUAAAAACUUGUACAGACACCGGAAGCAAAGAUGUGUAAAGACCCUUGGUGAUUUUGUUUCGCUUUUUUCAAUCAUAGAUUGUUGAAAUACCGCAAGAGACCGACCAAAGACUGUAAUUAACUUUUGUAUCCGUUUUCGCAAUACUAAAUCGAGAUUUAGAUUAACUAUUUCUCCGAUAUAAGUUGCCCGUGUCAUAUAUCAAAUAAGAUUGUGUUCGUUGCGAUGGCAAAAGUUAUUCACUUGCGGACGUUUUAAGGAUAUAUAAAUAUAGUUUAAUAUAAAUGUUACUUUUUAACCGUCUGUUCUUAUUAAAGACUUUAACUUAGAUUAUAAAAAUAUACGAUUAUUACUGAGUCUAUUGUUACAGUAUAUACCUACACAUAUCUUUAUCAAUAUCAAGAGAUGUUAUAUGUAAUGGGUUAGAAAUAUCAGAAUGCUUACGUAAAAUAUAUUAGUGCCAUAGCACGUUUACUUGUAUUAAUUAUUGUUUCCAACAAUAAAUUUUCAUUAUAUAGUAUAGUUUUAACAAUUAUGUUCUAGUUUAUGUACUAGAACAGAAAACGACAAUCAGCAGUUCUUCCAUUGAUAAGGGAUAUAGUGUUUGUUAGUUAAUGUUACUACUAAACUCCAUGUUACUUUUAAGUUAUCGUUCGAGGUUAACAAAUCUCCAUUUAGGAGUAAGUUUAAAUUUAUGAAGAUCGAAAAAAAAAUUGGUGAGCAAUUUAUUUAGUGUUACAAUAUAAAUGUAUAGAUUAUAGCUAUUCGAUUACCUACUUAAAAUAUUGGUUACAAUUGGAGUUUCUUUUGUGUUUGAAAAUUGAACGCACAACAUUAAGUUCGUCGUUAAGUUUAUAUAGGGUCGAUAGAUAUCAGUUUUGUACAUAGUGUAAGAGUGUAUUAAUUGAAUUAUAAUAGAUUUAAUAUCGCCAUUAAGGUAUUAACAAUUGCAGUGUGAUUUAUUUAGAUAGUUAUAUCAGCGCCAGUUUGUCGCACAAAUUAAUCGUUUGCAUUAAUGAUCUUUUAUUUUGCACAAAGAAAUAUUUCUUAGUUUUUCUUUUUUUAUAUCUUUUAUUGAUAUUUUCUCUUUACCGGCAAUAUUUCUGAAAAAGGUUUUAAGCGGUGAUUUGUUUUUUUUUCUUUUUGUAGUAUUUUAUUUUGUGAUAUUAGUGCUAACUAAGUUGGCUGUUCAUGUUCAUUGUUAUAUCAUUAUAAUUUUUUCUUUUCCUUUCUAACCACAUGCUGCAAGGCAGCUUAAUUAAAUUUAUAGUUCUUUAUAUAUUGAAAGAUAAUCGUCAUAUUAAGUAUUAUUAUAGGCCAUAGACAACAAGUGCUUGGCUCUAACAUUAUAAAAUACAUAUAGCAUCUAUGGAUACGUUUUAAAUAAAGAAUAUAGUUCGUUUAUAAUAUAGUUUUUAACAUAUUUUUUAUUAAAAUUAUAAGAUUUAAAAAUGUCUACAAUUACUAAUAAAAAGUGAGCGUAUCGUAAAAUAUCCUUACUACUUACACUUACUAUGACACUAUUCCUUUGUCCAUUUUAACUUUGAGUUUUCAACAAAUAUACGUUAUAUUAUACCGUUACAAGAUUGUGUCGCUAAAUUUAAUAAAUAAGGCGUCAUUGAAUAGCACUUAAAAAUUUUUCAUUUUAAUUCUAAAUUCUAAGAAUGUAACCUCUAAGUAAUGGUACAGAUUAUUGUCAUAGGAGUUUUAUUGUUCAAUACAAGUUAAUUAUGCACGAAUACUUCACACUUAACCUAUGUGCAAUGUUUUAUUCAACUGUUGUUUAUUUUUUCUAUAUUCUAUUAUAAUAGUUAUCUAAAAUGCAGAUCAAAUGAUAUUUAUUGUGGUGUAAAUCUUCACAAGUAGCAUUUUAGUAUUAUUAAUUCUCCUAUAUUUUAUUUUUAUUUUGAGUAGCUUUUCAUGUUUCCCUAGUAUUUUAAACCUAGCAAGAUCAUAUGUAUAGGAUAACUAAAUUGUAGAGAAAACUUUAAAAUAUUAUAAUAUUAUUCAGAGAAAACAUAUGGAAAUUGAUUAUUAUUGUUUAUUAACUUGAGUAACCACUCUAUAAAGUAUUCUUUUUAUAGAUAACCGCUGAAUAUCCGUUACAGAGGUAUUCUAUGGUGUUUAUUUUUUGAGUUAUACUUAGAAGUUAUGUCGUUUAGUUACAAUCUUUUAACUAAAUUGCACCCACUCCAAUCUAACUCUUAAUUGUGAUCAUAUAGGAUCAUAUUCUUGAUUGUGAUCACUUAAGAUCAUUGCAAACAGUAAAGCUUUAACAAUUGAUGUAAAUCACGCAAAAGAUUUGUUUUUACUGUAACAAAAAUAAAGAAGACAAUAUUAUAGAAGGGAACGACUUUUACCAGCGUAUUAAAUGUUAAUGAGAAAAAAGUGUACACUGCAAAUAAUAAAUAAUUCAUGUAAAAUAAAAAUUUAAAGACUA